CCCCUUGCAGCUGGGUGGCCAACGCCUUCGCCAGAGGGUUACUAGGAGUGGUGCUGCUGCCCCGAGCUGAGCCGACCGCAGGGCUGUCGGCAGGCGGUGCCGUCUUUCGCUAGCUCAGUUCUCUGCAGCUCUUGGCCGUGACAGAUGCUUGUGUCCGUGCCUGUCGCGGACGCAUUCUGACCCCGGCCCUUCCUCUCUCUGGAGACUGCCUAUGGCUGGGGACCGAGUGAGGUCGUUGCCUUGACGACGGCAGCAUGCGGCCCGCGGUCCUCGGAAGUGUGAGCUUGUGGAGGGCAGAAGCCAAUCUGCCUCCCUACCUGCUUCACCUAGGACCAGUAACUGCGUCCGCAGAGAAAAUCCCAAUACUGGGAUUGCUAGUUGUGCUAGUCAGCAUCUUUUAGAUCUGCUAGCGAGAUGCAUAUCACCUCCAAUUUGUUUCCAAGUUGAAAACCUUUGGCUCUUUCCAUGUGAAGGGUUUGGAAGACAUACAAGAAAAAUUCCUACUGGUUUCAAAUUACAAUGGAAAAAUAUGAGAACCUAGGAUUGGUUGGAGAAGGGAGCUAUGGAAUGGUGAUGAAGUGCAGGAACAAAGACAGCGGAAGAAUUGUGGCUAUUAAGAAGUUCUUAGAAAGCGAUGAUGACAAAAUGGUGAAGAAAAUCGCUAUGCGAGAAAUCAAGUUACUAAAGCAACUGAGGCAUGAAAAUUUGGUGAAUCUGUUGGAAGUGUGUAAGAAGAAGAAACGCUGGUACCUAGUCUUUGAAUUUGUUGACCACACGAUUCUUGAUGACUUGAAACUAUUUCCAAAUGGACUAGAUUAUCAAGUAGUUCAAAAGUAUUUAUUUCAGAUUAUUAAUGGAAUUGGAUUUUGUCAUAGUCACAAUAUCAUACACAGAGACAUAAAGCCCGAGAACAUAUUAGUCUCUCAGUCUGGUGUUGUGAAGCUAUGCGACUUUGGAUUUGCACGGACAUUGGCAGCUCCUGGGGAGGUUUACACUGACUAUGUGGCCACCCGAUGGUACCGAGCUCCAGAACUGCUGGUUGGUGACGUCAAGUAUGGCAAGGCUGUUGAUGUCUGGGCCAUUGGUUGUCUGGUCAUUGAAAUGCUCACGGGGCAGCCCCUAUUUCCAGGAGAAUCCGAUAUUGAUCAGUUACACCAUAUUAUGACAUGUUUAGGUAAUUUAAUUCCAAGACACCAGGAGCUGUUUUAUAAAAACCCCGUGUUUGCUGGAGUAAGAUUGCCUGAGAUCAAAGACACAGAAAGAGAACCCUUGGAGUGCCGCUAUCCCAAGCUCCCUGAAGUUGUAAUAAAUCUAGCAAAGAAAUGCUUGCAUAUUGACCCAGACAAAAGGCCCUUCUGUGCUGACCUUCUACAACAUGAUUUCUUUCAAAUGGAUGGAUUUGCUGAGAGGUUUUCUCAAGAAUUGCAGUUAAAAAUAGAGAAAGAUGCCAAGAAUAAUUCUUUACCCAAAAAAUCUCAAAACAGAAAGAAAGAGAAAGAUGAUACCUUAGGUGAAGAAAGAAAGACGCUUGUGGUCCAGGAUACUAAUGCUGAUCCCAAAAUGAAGGAUUCUAAAGUGCUUAAAAUAAAAGGGUCAAAAAUUGAUGGUGAGAAAACUGAAAAAGGAGGUAGAACUUCAAAUGCAGGCUGUAUCCAUGACAACGGGACAAGCCACAUCAAAGGCUUGCCUUCCACAAGCCUCAGAGACUGCAGUAAUGUCAGCAUUGAUCACCAAAGAAACCCAGGCAUGGCGAUUCCUCCGCUCACACACAAUCUUUCUGCAGUUGCUCCUGGCAUCAAUGCUGGGAUGGGGACUAUUCCUGGAGUUCAGAGUUACAGAGUGGAUGAGAAAACUAAGAAAUACUGUAAUCCAUUUGUUAAAGCAAGCCAACCUUCCCCAUCAGGGAUCUAUAGCAUGAAUGUGACCACAUCUGUCUCUAGUGAAAAGUACCUCCUUCAGGCAAGUAAGAAAAGGAAGGAGUAUUCCAAAGCGGAUGUGCGGCUGCCUGAACUGAACUAUAAUCAUCUCCCGGAACUGAGAGCUUUAGAAGGCUUAGCUCGAAAUUCUAGGCUAAUAAAGAAGGAGAACAAAUCUCUUUCAGAGUCUCGAAUUCCCUCCCUGGCUGCUAUUGACCUGCAUCCUUCCAGUAUUACCUUCCACCAGGGAUCAGGAUCGCCCCUGUCCGAGGAUUCUGAGGGCGAUCUGCCUCGAAUGGAACACCAGCACUGAGACUCACUAACCUGACAGGAUGCUGCCAGCCCUGAGAUGACAUCCUCUUGCAACCAGAGCACCCGUGAAAUCUGCAGGUUGACUCUUUCCUUCUCAACUACCUACGUUUUCUAAGAAAGGCUUUGCAGAAGGAGGCAAGACAGACUUCCAAAUACUUCAAAGGAAGAUUGAACAAGUGCCCCCCCUGCUGUUAUCUCUUCCCCUUCCCAACCUAUUGAUGCUAUUUCAAGAUAUAUCCACGAAAGACUAGUGAUACGGUUCUGUUACAUAAAUGUGUAUUUGAUAUUAGUUAGAUUGUGUAUUUAAAGUUCUCUGAGAUUAAAAGUGAGUAAAAAAAAGGAAAGAAUCACUAUAAAAGGUCAUGUUCUUGUGCAUUGAACUUUGCAUAUUAUCUAUAUAAAUGUUUACAGUUGGAGGAAAUGAAAAAAAGAAGCUAGGAUCUGUAAGAAGUUUCCUUUACCUUACCUGUAAGAACACAUUGAAAAGCUUGCUUCUAGGCAUUAAGGUGGUGUGAGCCUGCUGUCUGUUGGUAGAUGUGUGUCUUUGUUUUCUGUCCUUGUGGAGGGAAUCUGCUCUCUACUGAUCUAAGACCUGUGCUGGUGCUAAUCAGGCGGAGUCCUGUUGCUUCUAAUGCCUUGGCUUGGCUAGUCCUGUGCAGUGAGAGUUUCUGGUGCUAAUGUUCUGUGUGGAAUGCUGGAAUGGUGUGGGGGAGAGUUCUGGAGCAUCAGCAGUCACCUAGGCAGUUCUGCUGGGCCAGUCACUGUCAGUCACUCAAUGAAGAGGGUGGUGCAAGCUUUUAUGGACUCCGGUCUUGUCUGUGAUAGUGGCUGGAGUUAAAUGAUAGUGGUUGUGAUAGAGGCUGAUAGUGGAUUGGACCCACAGAAAUCCCUAUUGCCUUGUUAGCGCAAAUACUUAGGUUUACCCGAAAGUCUUUUUUACCAAGGUGCGAAGUUAUUUACCUGCAUUCCACAUAUGCUUUCUGAUGUAUAGGUUUACAACCUUUUAGGUGGGAGGAGAAGACCAGUUUGACUCCAGGGUCUUGGUUACUGGGUUUCCAGCCAUGCUCCAUAUUUAUUAUUUGAGAACAUAGCUCUUCAGGGGGUCAGAAUUUGUGUAAGGUUUUUGUAUCAACUAUCUAAUAGUUUGCUUUUUUUCAAAAGUCACUGACUAGAAUUUAGCCUAAGAGUUGAAUGAGAAUUCCUCAUUACUUUGGGGGAUUUAAAAAUGAAAAUCUAAACCUGGACACUUGGGACCUCAAAGGAGUAGACAUUCCAGAGGAGGCAAGAAUAAAAGGUUCCCAUAUAAAAGUCUGUUGGUACUAGUUAAAUUGCAAUUUUACUUAUAUUUAAAAGCUGUGUAUUAAACCUCUGACCAUGGGUUUGCCCAGGCUAGUUAGACUAACACUCUGGUAAAGUCACUCUAUCAGCAGAAGGGGGCUUUUUACUAACAUCUGUGAUUUACUGUUGUGUUGAAAAGCAUCGCCCACAGACAGCAGCGUGGAAGACAGACAGCUGGGGUCACCCAGCACAUGGCGGUGUCAUCUUCGUGUAAAGGCCAAUGCGGAAAUAUUAGCAUGACGACUGAGGGAGGGUCUAUCAGCCACCUAUAAUCUGUGUACUUGGGUUUGGUAUCUUUGGCCUAGUAAGACACUAUAUGAACUUUAGAAUUAAGGAAAUAAAAAUAAUUUUCUAAGUCCUUAUUGAUAUUUGGAGAUCAUUUUUUGUUAGAACUUUGGUGUGGAGCUAAAGAACUAAAGAUUGUUCAGGUCAAGUCUGUAGGUACUGACCAAAAUAAUAUCUGUUUUCAGUUUGUGGGUAUUUAAUCCCUUCUUGUAAGAAUGGACUUAUAUGGACAUGCUAAUGUGAAGUUAUUUUAAGUACUUUUGAGAGACAAUGGGCUUGCUGUGCCUACCUAUGUUUUAAAAUUAAUAAAUAUUGUCUAACUAAGCACGAUAGAUGGUUUUAAUUUAUAUUAAUUAAGAGUAUAAAUAAUAUACGUAUCACUAUAUAGUAUUAAUAAAUAAAAUUGAAAUAAUCA